AUGGAGGCCCAGGUGGACCGAAUGGGCCUCCUCCAGGUGGGCCCGGUGGGCCACCAAAACAAUCCCCUUGAAUACUGGAUCACAAUGUUUACUUACCAAGAGUUAAUGACAUCGCAAAACCCACCGAAAAAGCCUGGGCCUCCUGGGCCUGGUGGACCCCAACCGGGAGGGCCUCCUGGGCCUGGGCCUGGGCCUGGACCACCGGGUCCCAUUUUAAGCAACGAUUUUCUCUUUGAGAAUGUAUUAAAGUUCCUGGAAAGAAAGAAAGAAAAAGAAGAUAUGAAGUUGGGAAUGGAAUUGAGAAAGGACUAUUGA